AUGAGUCAGUCAAAAGCAGUUUUAAGACGAUUUAUUUCUCUUAAAAUUAUCUGUGGACUAAAUACUAUCGUUUCAUUAUUUAUUAUUGUACUUGUCAAUAAGAAUUCAACGUAUCAUACAAUUCUCACGCAGCCCGUGCAUACCAUCAAUGACGCAUUGAAACAAGAAUUAAUCAAUGAACAUUUACUCAGUUAUUCACAAUUUUAUAACAGUUCAUCGUACGAAUGUAAAAUAAAGUCAAACAAUGAUCAGCUGGAAAAAGAACUUAAUGCUACAGCACGACUUCUACCCACUCUUGGUCGAAAUAUUGUCCCGUAUCCAAAUGAUUAUUUUCAUGGUCGUGGAAUUGUUCUUACCAUCGGAAAAUACCAAUUACCAUUUGCUAAGGUUAAUUUAGAAAUGAUCCAACACACUAGGACGAGAUUACCAGUUCAAAUUUGGUAUUCAUCACAAGAAAUCCAAGAUGGCGACGUGACUGACUUAUUGAUCAUUGCUCCUCGCGUCAACUUGAGUAUAUGUUGUUUUCUACAAAAUCGAUGUCGGAAUUUAAUUCGAACAUGGCAAAUAAAUUCUCAAUAUGUUUUUAAACCACAUAUAACCAAUGCUGAACAACGAUUUGCUUACAAACCAGCGGCAAUCAUCAGUUCGACAUUUGCCGAAGUACUCUUUCUUGAUUCCGAUGCAUAUCUAACACGAGAUCCUGAGGAACUCUUUCUUCAUGAUCCGAUGUAUCUUCAGUUCGGUACACUCUUCUUUCCAGACGCACACAUCAGUCGACAACAUUCCAGUGUUUGGAAACUAUUCAAUACAACUUGUGGAGAAAAUGAAUUUGAGUUAGAUAGUGCAGCAAUAUUAGUAGAUAAAAGACGUGCUUGGAAGGGACUCUUCAUAACCAAGCUAAUGAAUGAUAAUUAUCGAUACUUCUAUGGGAGUAUAAGUGAUGGAGAUAAAGAUACAUUUCGGUUCGGUUUUCGUUAUAUGAACGUGAAGUAUUACAUUGUAAUGAUUCCAUGUGCUACUGGUCAAUUUAAUGGUAGUCAUUUUUGUGGUUUAACACUUUGUAAGACUGAUAGUCUUGCACAACAUAUUUACAUUAAUCAUGUUCAUAUAUUUAAAUAUGAAGAUGUUUCUUAUACAACUGAGAAUUUAGAAUAUACUCGUAUUGGUCUUGGUGAUCCGAAUAACCAUUCGUAUUUUUUCAUGCAUUGUCGAUUACCAGGUGGACAAACAAGUUGUUUCCAUAUUGUUGCUCAACCAAAUCCAGAAGUUAUUCCAAAUUUUUGUUAUAUAGGUGAAAUUUCUCUGAAAGAUAUCGAAGACUAUAAAUAUCAAUCGAAUGAAGUAUUACUGUUCGACAGAUCAAGAUAUAAUCGAAUCAUAUUGACUAAAACAAACAAUGUAAUGCCGCAUUUUAUUGAAAAUUUAAUCAAAUCUUCCCAUCAUUUAUAA